GAUCAGGACAGGACAGACUAAGUCCUCCGAUAGGGAGUCAGAGUACAGGCGCAGAACGGGACGGAAGCUCCUCUCAGGAUACAGUCAAGACAACGUUUGCAGAAUUCACCCAGAAAACAACAAUUCGGCACAGACUGAGACUCCUGGAUCCUGCAGUGUUUUACAGCACUAUCUACUCUUACCAGUGGCCGCUGGAAUAGGAGGAGAAACUGCUGCCUGAGGCCUGAGAACAGGGAUUCUAACACAGGGAUUCUAAGAUUCUAACACUGCCACACAGGCAGCUCAACAGUCAUGUCAGCCUCCCUCCUGGACGCUGAUCCCAUCUAUGCCACGGUUGUCCACACUGCCAAGGCCAAGGCAUGGGAGUCACCAGGUGCUGUGUCUGUACCUCCAGUCAGGCUGAGGCCUCCGGUGGACCUGAAGCUGAUCCGCAGCCUCUCCAAGUCAGACUCAGACCUGUUUGUGUCUUCCCUGAGUGAAGAGGAUGGGGGUCUGAACGGCCACUGUGAGUCUGUGACCAACUGCAGCUCUGGGAAAAAACGGAUGGAGAGAUCGCCCUCCUUCGCCUCAGAGUGGGAUGAGAUUGACAAGAUAAUGAACCUGAUUGGAGCAGGCAUCGAAUCGUCCAAUGACAAGCAGUGCAUAUCCCCAGAUGGGGCCUGCAGCAAAGCCCUGGACCAGCCCGUGGGUGAGUGGCUGGAGCAUGUGGGGCUGCCACAGUACGAGAGCAAGCUGCUGCUUAAUGGCUUCGACGACCUACGCUACAUGGGCAGUAACGUGAUGGAGGACACAGACCUUAGAGAUAUGGGAAUCACUGACCCUGGCCACAGAAAGAAGAUCAUCCGUGCAGCACGCAGCUUGCCCAAGGUGAAAGCCCUGGGCUGUGACGGCAGCACCUCUCUGUCCACCUGGUUGGAUGUGCUAGGCCUCCAGGAGUACCUGCCUAACUUCCUGUCCAGUGGCUACCGUACCUUGGACUGUGUGAAGAAUCUAUGGGAGCUGGAGAUUGUCAAUCUGUUGAAAAUCAGCCCUCUGGGCCACAGGAAGAGAAUCAUAGCGUCUCUGGCAGAGCGGCCCUAUGAGGAGGCCCCGACCAAAUCACAGAUCUCUCACCGUCUCUCACAGAUCAGGUUUCAGGACCUGUUGUCCCAGACAGGGACCUCUCCUCUGAGUCAGAUGGACCCUUCCACCAGUCGCUCCAUGGACAUGCUCCUGCCCUUGGGAGAGGCAGGCAGGAGGAGGAGAGCCAUGGACCAGGACUGUAGCGUGUCCCUGCGCUCCUACAGCGAGAGACCCCGCUCCCACGACAGGCAGAGUGACCGACACAGGGAACCCCGUUUGACCCUCCGGCCGCCGAGCCAGUCUGCCACGUACACCACGGUCUCUGCUUGGCAUCACCAGCCUGAGAAACUUAUCUUAGAGUCUUGCGGGUAUGAGGCCAGUUAUAUGGGAUCAAUGAUUAUCAGGGAUCUAAGGGGGAUUGAGUCCACUCAAGAAGCCUGUGCUAAAAUUAGGAAGUCAAAGGACCAUUCAAAAAAGGGUCCUGUUGUCAUCCUCUCCAUCACUUAUAAAGGGGUCAAGUUCAUUGAUGCCACCACCAAGACAAUAGUAGCCGAGCAUGAGAUCAGGAACAUCUCCUGUGCGGCCCAGGACCCUGAUGACCUCUGCACCUUCGCCUACAUCACCAAGGACAGUAAGAGUGGCCACCACUUCUGCCAUGUCUUCAGCACUGUGGAAGUGACUCAGACCUAUGAGAUCAUCCUGACACUGGGACAGGCAUUUGAGGUGGCCUAUCAGCUGGCUCUCCAGACCAAGGCCAGGCAGUAUGUCCCAGUCCCCCCGCCGUCUCUGGGGUCAGAGGUCAUUGAGACCAAAUCCAGCCGGCCCACGUCACAACAAUGGAGCAGCAUGAGGAGAUCAACAAUUGACCCUCUGGAGAUGGACGCAGACAUGCAAUCCCUGGGCAGCGCCACCUGGCUCUUCAACCAGAGAGACUCCAACAAGCGCCCUGUCAGCACCAACUCACUCCAGCGUUCAAGUUUCCGGACACCAAGCUGUGAGUUGAAGUGGAGCAGCCAAUGUGAGUGUCUGCGUGUGUGUAGACUAGAGCCAGAGAGACUAACAGAGACACAUACAGCGGGUCUAUGAGUGACUGUUUGAUAAGGUCUGCUGCCUUCUACAACCUCGCCUGAAUACAAAGUAACAUAUAAAGGAUAACCUUACACUAGCUGUCUGUCUCAACUGGGCAUGGCAGGGCCUGUCUCUCACUCCUAUCUCGAGAAAGUUCAGUCUGAAAUCUCCUCCCUGGCCUCACACUGACUGUCUUUACCUCCACUCCUUACUUCAAGUAGGUACUGUAAUCUACAGAAUAUAGACAAUUAAUGCUGGGCCAGUAAUGACAAUUUUAUUGAUUUUGGUCUAUUUGAGAUAAUCAUGUUGUUACUGUAAGGAUCUAGGAGAGUCAACGAGAGUACAUUCAAAUGUAGCACUUCUGUACCAGCAUAAUAAUGCUAUGCCCAUGUAUUUGUGGACAGAGUAUAGUUUGUCAAUGAUUAUGUGAUGUUUAUUUAUUCCAAUUAAAAGCAAAAUAUACCUGAAAUUAAAUAGUACAAUGGAAAAUGUUAUU